UUGGAAACACUUCAUUGAAUUCUUUGUUAGAAUACUGAACACAUUUAAGUAGAAAACUAUUUAUAUUUUGUAAUAUCUAGAAAAUGUGUUUUGUGGUGGACUCUUGUAAAUUUUAUGCGGAUCGGUCUCCCAGACUCUUCGUGGCCAUAGCCCAUCCGUUUGCAAUCGCCAUAGUCAUUGGGUGCACCAUGUUUCUGGUUUUAACGGAAAUGCUAUUUGUGGUGCCCACCAUGUUCGGAGCUGAGAGCCUGGCCUACAAGAUCUACUGGAUGCUGGCCGUGUACAUAAGCUACAAUAUCUUUGCGAACCUUUUGGCCGUCUAUUGCACAGAUACUUCCGUGGAUGGUCUGACGCAGGAGCAGAGAUCUCCGAAGCCAGAAGAGGCGAGAUUGUGGCAUCGCUGUGACUUGUGCAAGAUGCUGGUCCCGCCCAGAUCCUGGCACUGCAAACUGUGCCGAUGCUGCAUUCUUAGGCGAGACCAUCACUGCAUCUUCACCGCCACCUGUGUCGGAUUGAAGAACCAAAGGUACUUCUUCUGGUUCAACUUCUACAUGACAUUGGGCACUGCCAUAGCAUUGGCAACUAAUUAUUUCUACCUUUUCACGGAGAACAACUCUUUAGCCUUCCUGCAAGUUAGGUUUACGUUGAAUAUAUUCAUGGCCAUUGAUUAUGGACUGGAUUGGGAUAACUGGAGCAUCUGGAUGGACUUGAUAGUCCUGAUUAAUGUUUUCGCUUUUGUGGCGCCAGUUAUAAUGUUGGGUUACCAAGUCGCGUUGAUUCUCGCAAAUGCUACUUUUCACAAAAGUUCCGAAAGUGUUUACAAUCUGGGCGUUUUGGAAAACAUAAGGAUAAUAUUGGGAAAACGAUGGUAUUGGACUUUUUUGUCUCCUGUCGUCCAAAGUCCUUUGCCAUUAGACGGAACCCGUUGGAAAACUAAGACCUUACCCACCAAACUCUUAUAAAUAAAAUUCUGCUAAUGCUUGUAUACUU